GCCAACGGUUCCCAUGCAUCUAACGGGGCUAUGCAUCAAAACAGUCAAACCUCGCCUACUACCACCGUGGUCCACCACCACCAUCCACGGCACACACUGGGCGCUUCGUACCAGCACAGCUGUUCACCACGACCCGUCCGUCGACAGCUCCACCUACCACAGGCCCAACCCAUGCCACCGCCAGUCUUCUAAAGGACCUCAGGGCACCAGCAGAACCGCAACGCAUGUGAUCACUGAAUCUCUCGUUCGCUCUGCUUGCCCGUCCUCCGCCAGCAUGGCACACCUGGCGCCCGCCUCCCACACCCACACACACCCCACCCCGUCCAACACGGCGGCCACCUUCAACCUGGCCGCCCCUUCGUCCUCCUCGUCUUCCACAGGCGGCGGCGAUGACGACGACGACGACGACGCCCCGCUGCCCUUUCCCACCGCCCUGCCCCGGUCCGACUUCCUAGCGCCCGACUUCCAGCCCGCCGCCUACCUGUCCGCGCUGCCGCACCGCCACCAGACCCUCGAGGACCUGCGCGCCGACCUGCGCGACCGCAGCGCCGCCAUCAGCGCCGAGCUGCUCGAGCUCGUCAACUCCAACUACACGGCCUUCCUGUCGCUUGGGUCUGAGCUCCGCGGCGGCGACGAAAAGGUCGAGGGCGUCAAGGUCGCGCUGCUCGGCUUCCGACGGGCCGUGGAGGACGUCAAGGCAAAGGUGGCGUCGCGGCGGGACGAGUCGCAGCGGCUGAGCGGCGAGCUGGGCGACGUGCGCUCCAGCAUCGAGCAGGGUCGCAAGAUGCUCGAGGUGUCGGACAGGCUCUCGGCGCUGGAGGAGCGGCUUGCGGUCGAUAGCCUGCCGGCGGACGGGGACGUGGAGUGGGACUCGGACGACACGGACGAAAACGACGACGACGAAGAUGAGCACGUACAGGGCCUCGUGGGGAGCUCCCCCGCGAGACUGCUGCAGUCGGCGCGCGAAUGCCGGCAAAUAACGGUUUUGGAGCAGAGCCUCGACCCGCAACACCCUUUUUUCAUCAAGCUAGACGAACGCCUUACAAGAUGCCGCAACACGCUACUUCUAGACCUUGGCAAUGCGCUCAAAGAGGCUAGGGGAGCUGGCGCCCGUGGCCAAGGCCGCGUGAUGAGAUAUCUAGAGAUAUACCGGAUGCUGGAUGCACAGGGCGAGGCCGUUAAGGCGCUGCGCAAAACAUAGAGCGGCUGUAAAGCCGCAAAUGAUACCCGAAUAAGCCGUCGAUUCCAACGGCCCAUCUCUUACUCGUUCGCCGCGACUCGGCCAAGAUAUUGUACAAUAAUACAUGCCGUGUGCUAUGCCUACAUGACGCUGGACAAAGCUUCCGGCGUGACUUGAUCC